AGUCGUGUUUCGGCAUUGAAUUGGUUCGCAUAACUGAGGCACGGAGACUUUAUUUUCCAACAAAUACAAAUUUUUUUUUACGUUUUUCCGUUUCGAAAGAGAAAACAACGUUUUUUUUUUCGUUCACCCCAACAAAUAAAAAAACAACAACAAUUUUUUACAUGAAACCAAAAAAAGCGAAAUUCGAAGAGAAAAAAAAAUGUUUACACAUUUCCAAAAAAUACAACAUUUUGAACAAUCAUACAACCAUAGUACAAACUAAGUGACAAUUUUUCAUAGCCAAUUUAAAGUGUUUAACAAAUAAGAAAAGAGGAACAACUCGAGAUCCUAUUUUUUGACACAACACACCAACUAAAACAAAAAAAACAUUGCCAUUUUUACCGCAUAAGAUCGUCUUACAUUUCAAUAAGGAAUAGUUAAAACAGACAAUCAGUGCAUUUUAAACUAAAAACAACAACGGACACAUAUUUUAGAGACAAAACGAAAAUUAUGAAUAUGUCAAGGAGCUACUAGUGUACUAAACAAAAAACAAUAUUGUGAUUGAUAUCGAAAGAACAUUCAAAAUCAAAGUUUUUUUUUCGUGUGUGGGAGAGAUUGAAGAACAAUUUACACUACAACCAUGCCGAUGUCAGCGCUUAGUCUUUUACAAGAUGCACAAACUGCCAGAAAUGCAGCUCUUGCACUUCAAGCGAAUUUUUUGGCAAAUAUAAAGCAUGAGCACGAUGAAUUGAAUAAAUCGUCGCCAUUAUCGCCAUCGUCAUUGAGUGGGUUACCAAAUGGUGGUUUACCCGAACACAGUUUAUACCCAGGUCUUAACAUCGGUAUGUUAACGCCACAAAUGUUUGCUGCAAAUCAAACGGCAGCCGCAUUACUAUCAAAACUCUAUCCGCAUCCAUCGUUUUUCCCCUGGCAAUUGCCAUUGAGCGCAGCUGCAUCGCCACCAAUUUCGCCCAUUUCACCGGCGCUCAGUGUGAAAAGCGUAAAAAAGUUAAACAACAACAAUAACAUUGUAUCAACGACAACCAACGAAGAGCUAACCAAUAACAAUUACAAAUUAAAUAUUCACGAUGAUUUAAAACAUGAUGAACAUUUACUGACCAAAGCCAGUUCAAUUGCCAAAAAAUCAAAGACCCGCAAAACCGUCUCCAGCUACAAACAGACUCGUAUUUUGUAUCAGCCAUACACAAAUUUGGAGACAUCACCAAUGGGCAUUAGUCCGGGUCCAAUAAGCCCACCCACCUCCGGUUCAUCGCCACAAUCGAUUGGUUCGAUGGAACAUCAAUCGCCGUCAUCAUCAUCGAUUCGUACCACACCAAACAAAGAGCCAACCCGUGAUAAAUCGUUCACAUGCCAAACAUGCAACCGAUCAUUUGGCUACAAACACGUUCUGCAAAACCAUGAGCGCACCCAUACCGGCGAAAAGCCAUACGCGUGUGCAAUUUGUAGCAAACGUUUUACACGUGAUCAUCAUUUGAAAACACAUAUGCGAUUGCACACGGGCGAAAAACCAUACCAUUGCGACCAUUGCGAUCGUCAAUUUGUUCAAGUGGCCAAUUUGCGACGCCAUUUACGCGUUCACACCGGCGAAAAACCGUACGCCUGCGACAAAUGCAAAUCGAAAUUCUCCGAUUCGAAUCAAUUGAAAGCGCAUAUUGUCAUUCAUCAAGAUGAGAAACCAUUCCGAUGCGACACAUGCAACGUGACCUUCCGUCGCAGUCAUCAUUUAAUGAAUCAUAAAUGCACCAGCAGCCCACUUACACCAGCCAUGUCACCGGUCAUGUCCAUUGACAACAAAUCCAUUACAUCACGGUCCGAUGCAAGCCAAGAUGAUCUGCUCGAUUUGAGCACACAAAGUGUAGUCAUGUUUAAGCAUUUGCAUCUCAGCCAUCCGGGCUAUCCAGGGAUUCGUAAACUGCCAACACCAAUCGAACACGAAUUGUACGAACAAUGCGCCAAAGAGAGUGACUACAGUGACGCACAAGAUAUGCCAUUAGAUUUAAGUAUCGACAGUAAUUCGGACAAUGGCGAUAAACGUGAACACAAACCAUAUUCGAUAGCCGUUUGAUCCAUUCAAAGCAUCCUCGAUAUGCCCACACACUGUUCGAAUUACUUAAAUCCUCAUUAAGUUUUCAGAAAACUAACAGCAACUCAAAUGGUGUUGAACAUUCGACGUAAGUACACAACUGUUGUUCAGAUUUAAACUCAAGUCAUUUUUGGCUAGAAAUAUUUCGGUGUAGAAUUUGAUUUGCGCAGAGAUUCGAAGAGAGAAAUCGUUUUUUUUUCUAUUUGUUUGUUUAAUUUUGCUUAUUUUUUUCGUCGAUCUUCGAUUCACUCUCUUUUGGAGAUUGGGAUUUCCAACAAUUUUGAAAUUCGUUUUUCAUCAAUGUUUGAUAUUUCAUUUUGUAAUUGAAAACAUUUGAAAAAUUUAAAUCGAAAAAAAGGAGAAAAAUCCAUUCGAGGUGAUGAAUUGUCGAAUCUCACAGAACUGAUCACUGACCGUGCAAUUUUCAAAUGUUAAAACUGACUGUAGAUUUUUUUUUCGUUCUAUUUUUCUCUCUCAAUGUUUCGUUUUCUGUUUAACGUUGUCGAUCGCUUGCGUGCGCGUACCGUUUUGUUAAAAAAAAAUUCUGCACCGUUCAGUUGGGAGUUUUUGUUUUUUUUUUGUUCAACGAAACAACGCGUUAUUAUUUGAUUUUGUUUCGUUCGUUUUUUUUUGUGCAUAAAGAAAAAUGAGCAAAAAAAAAUCCGUUCAGUUGUUAUAAUUUGCGGCUAAGAUGGGCGAGCGCAAGGAUCGAAGUAAAGAAUUAUGAAGAUGUUUAGUUCGUAAGCAAGCCAUAAUAUAACCAAAAAAAAAGAAAGAUGAACAAGUCGAAAUUAUUAAAUGAAUUGUACAAUCUAGUGAAGAAUGAAAGAAGAUGAAAAAAAAAGUCUAACAAAAAAAAAACAAACUCCACGUCUUAGUGUUUAAAAACUCUGGUCGACUGAUAAAGUACGGCCAAUUCUGUCUAAUCAUUAGUAAAUUUGUAAGUGAAAUUUAGUCUCCUUCGUUAUAUUAAAGAAAGAAAAA